GUUUAAUUGCAUCACACUCAGGACUCUUAGAGCACAUUGGUUGAGGGACCCUCUCGUGUUACAAAGGGUAAUGAUUUUUCAUAAGAAAGAAGAUGGAGAUAAAUACUGGAACUCCCAAAUCAAAGGAUAAGAGACUGGUGGAAGGAUGCAAAACUGAUAGAGAAACCAAAAGGGCUUCUGAAAAUGUUCCAAACGAGUCUCCUGUAUUUAUCAAUUACGCUGCUCUUGCUUGGGAGGAAAGCCGAAGGAAAUGGACUGGGGACACUUCAAAGAAGUCAGAUAAGACGGCGAAAGAUCUGAUCAUAAGUUGGUCACUGAACUAUGAGGACUUGCUUGCAACUAAUGAGCCUUUCUCUGAGCGAAUCCCCUUAUCUGAGAUGGUAGACUUUUUAGUUGAUGUUUGGUACGAUGAAGGGCUUUUCGACUAAGAGAUUUGGUGCCAUUCAAGACAAUUUCUCUUGUUUAGUAACAUAGCAGCCAGUUAACCCCAGCAGCAAAUUCAGAUAAAACAUAGAUUUAUUUUAUUACUGUAUAAGAUGAGAUUCUUGUGUUUAGUUUGUUUUCUGAUCGUCACCUACAUUUGUUGUAUCAUUACGCUGAAUUAUACCCUUUGCAUGUCUUGAAUCAUUGAAUCAACAUUUAGUUAAAGCUUGGGAGGGCUACCAAGG